CGAGCCAGUCAGCGUGUGGGCAAUGAUCAGGCAUGGAACCCGGCACCCCAUUAGCAGCAACUUGCCCACGAUGCAGCACGCCGCUGUCCUGAAGGAUGACAUCGUGAGGAGAUACCUCGAAGGUCGAGGGGAGCUGUGCGCACAGGACAUCACAAACCUACAAGAGUGGUCCAACAUUGAAUUCAUCAGCACCACCCCGGCACACCUCACUUUUGAAGGCUACAAGGAACUUCGCGAUCUUGGAGUCAGGUUUCACGAUCAUUUCCUGCCACUUCUCCAAGAUCUGGAUCAGCAUCAUUUCAAACCGACGCUGGAGCAGAGAACAAUUCAAAGCGCCAAAGCAUUCGUGGAAGGCUUGGCCCAAGGGUACCUGAAGUUUGAGAUAUCCAACGCCACGGAUAGGGAUGAGAUCUUGAGGCCAUAUUUUUACUGCACGAAACACAACGUGGAAGUCUACAAUGGCCCUCGCUCCAAAAAUGAAUUGAGCAAAUACCAUGAAACUCCAGAGUUCCAAAAAGUCUUGGAAAACGUCCAAAAGCGGACGGGUUUGGAACGGCCGCUGUCUCCAACAAACGUCACCGGUCUUUAUGACCUGUGCCGAUUCCUUCGAGCCUACAGCGCGCUGAGGACCUCUCCCUGGUGUGCUCUCUUCAGCGAUGAGGAGCUGCAGAUUCUGGAGUACUUGAACGAUAUACGACACUAUUACAGAAACGGUUACGGCUCACCCAUUAAUCAAAAGCUGGCUGGUCCAGCUCUGGGUGAGCUUUUAGAACAAUUUGAAUCCUCCGUCCAACACUCCACAAAGUCCUUCACCAGCUACUUCAGUCACGACAGCAUGAUACAGAUGAUGUAUUCCGCCCUUGGCCUCUUCCGGGACUACCCGGAAAUAUCCGGGUUUGAAAGACUACCAGACCGAAAGUGGCGGACGAGUUAUAUGACUCCGUUUGCAGCUAACUUUGCUUCCGUACUGCAUAAGUGUACAAACGAAACUGGGGACAUCAACCAUCAAGUGCAAUUCUUCAUCAAUGAGAAGGAGUUCCACCUCUGUCAGCCCAGGACCUGCAGCUGGACGGAGUUCAAGGACAAAUUCGAACAAUUCAGGAACAGUGAUCUUGAAUUCUGCAAUAUUUAUAAUAGUAGCACCACGGCACUUAAAAGCAUCAUUGUUGGUCUGUGAGACUAGGAGGUAGUUAGUACAAUAUUCUCAUGGGUCGAAGAUGGUGGACCUUUUUAGCCGCUUUUGCAAUUUUGUGUUGGACAAGCGUUUGGUGCCAACAUCACCAAUGUUGGGGCAAGCCUCAAGAUCUUGACCCGCCCUGCCAUAUUCACAAUUUGGCAUAGCAUAAGUAUGCCUGUUACUUAAAUAAACCACUCGAGUUAAGAUAGUAGAAUAAAAUAGUCUAAUAUCGUUGAGCUGAAAAAAUAACUGCAUAAUGGUUUCUCGUUUAUUGUCCACAAGUAAAAA